CAAGUCGAACUGUCUAGUGAAGCAUCAGACCUGUCUGGUCCUCCAGCCAUGGCGUUGUUAGACUGGCCUCGACACAUGCCUGCGGAUGUUUUGGCACCAGGCGCCUUGCACUUCUACGAUGCCGCUACUGCCUUCCGCGUGGGGGCGACUGAUCGGCAGAUGCGAAAUGCUUUGACCCAGCAGCUCAUGGGAAUCAAGAUGACUUUGCGCAGAAGACGUUUGCCUCCGGAGGUGGUUCAUUCACUGGCGCAAUCGUUGAGGGCCUUGGUGGGCCUGAAGGAAUUAGAGGUUGACAUCAGUUUCACCUCUGUUGGAGACCAUGGAGCUUGCCACUUGGCCCAGGGCAUCGGCACCUUGCAACGCCUACAGAGCCUUGAGCUGCUGCUGGCAGGAGCUGGGCUUGGACACAGCGGCUGCGAGAAGUUUGCCAAGGAGCUUUCUUCUUUAAGGAGCUUGACGAGAUUGAAGCUGGAUUUGAGCUUGAAUGACAUUGGCGACGCAGGGUUGAGGGAAUUGUCCAAGUUCUUGCGCUCAAACUUGCUGCUGCAAGCAUUGGUCUUGGACCUCAACCGGAAUCGGAUUUCUGACCCAGGUGUGGCAUGCUUGGCCCAAGUCGUAUUGGAGCUGCCAACACUGUCUGAGCUCGAAGUGGCACUGUUCGACAACCGCGUUGGGGAGGAUGGAGCGAGGCAGAUGGCCGCGACCAUGAGGGGUUUGCGGAAGCUGUCGCGGCUGGUGUUGGGGUUGAAUCGAAAUGCAGUGUCAGAAGCUGGUGUGCAGGACAUUGCUCACGCUCUGAGUUCACACAGUCUUCAAGACUUGGAGCUCGAUCUCAGCGUCAGCAGUGUCGGAUGGGCAGGUGCACAUGACUUGGGCAUGGCCCUGUCUAGCCUUCAGGGUCUGAAGACCUUGAGCAUUGACCUGAACGUCAACCAUGUAGGCUCUGCUGGGGCUCGCCUUUUGGCCCAGGCCAUUUCUUCGCAGCAAGGCCUAGUGAGCCUGCGACUGUUGGCCUCUGGCAACCGCAUUCGAGAGGUGGGCGCCCGGGAGCUGUCGCAGGCCCUGGGAAGUCUACGUUUGCUCUGCUGCCUUGAGCUGGAUGUGAGCGGCAAUGGCAUAGGCGAUCCGGGCGCUUGCGAGCUGGCCCGGGCCAUGGGUCACCUUGCGAAGCUGUCUAGGCUGGUGGCCGACCUUCGAGGGAACCUCGUGGGGGACAACGGCGAGCGGGAAUUGGCGCGAGCCGUGGGCGACCUUCCGAAGCUGGAGAGGCUUGAGUUACGUUUGGGAGGGAAUUGUCGCUCGUCUGGGGCUGGUCCUCUACAUCAUGAGCUGAAGAAUGCAGUGCGGAAGUUACAGACUGGCGGCUGCAUUUGUGAUUUCUCGUUUUGAGCGCUGCCUGGCGCAGCCGCUCGAGAGCCAGAAAGAGAGAGGUUUUUCGGCCGCGAGUGCAGAUGCUUCAGACGGGUACAGUCGUACAGUCGCUCGUUUGUAGUGGCCAGUCGAUGUUUCUACUAUCCACAAUGGAUGCAUGUACAAACUUUAAGAGUUGAAGCCAAGACAUUGCGAACUUGAUGUCAAAGUGAAACUCAUGGU